AUGGAUGUUCGAAGACCGAUGCGAAUUCAUAGAUUUCGUCCCUCACUCAUAACUCCAACUGAUGAUUCACUACCAGAUUACAUGAAUUUAUUAGGAAUGGUAUUUAGCAUGUGUAGUCUAAUGUUAAAGAUAAAAUGGUGUGCUUGGAUCGCUAUAUUUUGUGCAUUUGUCGGAUUUGCAAAUCAACGUGCGACUGAUGAUGCUAAACAAGUAUUGAGUAGUUUCAUGCUUUCUAUAUCGGCUGUGGUUGUUACUUAUAUGCAAAAUCCUCAACCACUUAAUACAAACUUUUUAAAUAUAUUUUAA